GUGGGCUCCCGGUUCACCCCGCCCACCGGCUGUAAAAAAAAGAUAAACGCUGCUCAACGAGCUGAACUCAACAACCCUCCAUUCCUGCAAGCAGCAGAGUCGCCAUCUGCUACGUACACUGUGGUUUCGGAAAGUGAUUGAAAAUGACGAUGAAACUUGCUUACUGGGAUAUUCGCGGGCUCGCACAGCCUGCUCGUCUGCUUCUGGAGUACACCGGCACCAAGUAUGAGAACAAGUUUUACGUCUGUGGUGAAGCUCCCGACUUUGACAAGAGCUGCUGGACUGAUGAAAAACCCAAACUUGGAAUGGACUUUCCCAAUCUGCCCUACUUGGAGGAUGGAGACAGAAAAAUAGUGCAGAGCAAUGCUAUCAUGAGAUACAUUGCUCGUAAGCACAAUUUGUGUGGAGAGACAGAGGACGAAAAGGUCCGUGUGGACAUCAUGGAGAACCAGGCUAUGGACUUCAGAAAUGGCUUUGUGAGGCUGUGCUAUGCUGACUUUGACAAUAUGAAGCCAGGGUUCCUUAAGAUGCUGCCAGACACACUGAAGAACUUCUCAGGUUUCUUGGGAGACAGGAAGUGGUUUGCUGGUGACAAGAUCACUUUUGUGGACUUCGUCAUGUACGAGCUGCUGGAUCAGCACAGGAUGUUUCACCCUACGUGCCUCGAUGACUUCAAGAACCUCAAAGAUCUUCUAGACCGUUUUGAGGCUCUGGAGAAGAUCGCUGCCUACAUGAAGUCGGACAGAUUCAUGAAGACUCCCGUCAACAACAAGAUGGCCAAGUGGGGAAACAAGAAAGAGUGAAGGACAAUUCCUCCACACCGUAAUAAUGAAAGGAACAACGUUCACAAGUGCAACUGCCUCAAUAACUUGUAAAUUCAGGACAAGUGACAUUGUUUGUAGUAUAUUUCUUUUAUAUGCUGUUUUCAGGUCCUUUGAUCACAUGUUACAGUUUCCCAAACGAUUACAUUCACGUUCUAAAACAUUUCUAAGUUGAAUCAGAGUUGUGUAAAAAGAAAUACAAAUUUGUAUUGAUAUUAAGGAAAAGUUAAGUUAAAGCACUUAAUUAACAUUUGAAAGAGAAAUGAUUUUGGACCGAUUAAAGUAAAUCUUGCACUUUC